AUGAAGUUUCUCAUGCACGUCUUUGUUGCUUCGUUAGCAACAGUAUUAUUGACACUAGCAUGCACGACCGAUGAUGAUUGCAGUCUCAAUGGUACCUGUCAGCAAGGUACAUGCCUCUGUGAUCCAGGCUGGGUUGCAUCUGACUGCGGCCGUCUUGAUCUCCGACCUGCAACCCGGUAUACCGGCUACAAUCGCACUGCCGAGGGUAUUUCCUCCUGGGGAGCAACGGUUGUGCAAGAUCCCAGUGACUCUAGAAUAUUUCACUUGUUCAUGGCACAGAUCGCCCAUAACUGUUCGCUGAAUUACUGGACUCCCUAUAGCACAGUCGUACGGGCAACGUCAACAUCUGGUCCUGAGGGCCCCUAUCAGUUCGCUGGAGAGGUUGUGGGAACAUUUGCUCAUAACCCCACUGUUAUUUACAGCGAGGCAGAUGGGCUGUACAUUUUGAUCCAUAUUGGAUGUCCGGUCACAGUGUCAGCUGGUUGCGGAUCAUCAGAGGCUUUUAGUUGCGGCCCAGGCAAUACAAAUAAUGGAGAAAGCGGGAUAAGCGCGUGGUCAUCGCCAGAUCUGGAAAACUGGGAUUUUCGUGGGCAAGUAAUGCCUGGGAAUGUUAACGGUACCUGGGAUUCUGACACCACCAACCCGUCGGUGUUCCCUCUGUGGUCUGCCAACGAUCGUACGCAUGAGAUACUCAUGGCAUAUCGUGGCUGCAUCUGGAAUUGUGGCGAUGGUCUCGAGCAGAUUGGUGUAGCAGUGGCUGCUAGCUUCCCUGGCCCCUAUAUUCGCGCGCAUGAUCACCCAAUUUUCCCAGAUAAUACCGAAGAUCCCUUUGUCUGGAGCGACAAACGAGGAAACUUCCAUAUGCUCGUGCACUCACUCGACUCUGCUGUCAAUGGAGAUGGCUCUGGGCCUAAUGUUGGACGUCAUGCGUACGCACGCAGUUGGGAUGGACAAUGGACUUAUAAUAAUGAGACGCUGGCGUACGGCACGUAUGUCACGUUCAGUGAUGGCCUGUCGACUAAUUACUCGCGGAGGGAGCGGCCACAGUUGUAUUUUAGCGACGACGGACAGAUGACGCCGCUGUUUUUGAGCAAUGGCGUGCAGGAGGUGAAUACGUCGCAAAGCUAUACGCUUGUUCAGCCUGUUGGAGACGGAGCGAGAUUAAUGUCCCUCGACCCACGAGUUUCACGUUUCUCCGCUGAUUCGGGGUCCUCCUACGAAAAACCCCAGCAGCGAAUCCUCCCCACGCAGCAGGAGAAUCCCCAGCCAAAUUCGUCCAAUCUGCGCAAGAUACUUCAUUCUAUGGCAAGACCAGCGCCUCAUACUGAGUCAGAUAUUCCAGAUCCAAGCGACGAGAACGAUGUUCGUGCCAUGGGAUGCUACGCUGACUACAUCUGUGCAUACAAUGAGUGGAAAGAUUGGUUAGCGAAACUCUCUGAUUCAGAAGACAAGUUAGAGAGCAUUUCCCUUCAGCUCGAGCAUUUCGCUGGCGAUGGCAUGAUGCAACAGAGCGUACUUAUGCAAUGGCGCUCUGAGCGCCUCCGCUGGCAUGACCUGACACGGCUGACGUAUAUUGCGCUUCACAAGUGCGCGUUUCAUAUGACCGAAUAUCACAAUCUCCUGACUGAGUUGUAUAACCAAGCAGACGCUGAAUCUGGAAGGCUAGCUCAAGAGCUCAGAGAAGCAAACAAUACGGUCCAAGAGUUAUCAAUCAGACUACAAGCAACUGCUGGGCAUGCGCAUUUAAAUGUUGGGGGAGUUCGUCCAGGAAGUCACGGCGAUGGUGAAGUCUCAGGAUUGCAAGACCAUUCCAAUGCAUGGUCACCGAAGUAA